AUGUCUCGCCUGCGUGAGCACAAGAACGAUGUUAUUGUUCGCAUGACCAAUAUCCUGAGGGAGGAGCGCGGCCGUAUUUCCUUCCAAAGACAUCCUUUUCGCACCCUCUACCUGUUUAUACGCUAUAUUGGAAGCUUGAUGAGGCAAACCUCAAUCUACCUCAUAUGUAAUCCGCUAGUCUACUGCAUCUUCCUCCCUCUCAUUACGUGCUUCUUGACCUUUUCUCUAUAUGGGUAUCCCUCUCUCACGUCGCAUAUUUUCACAGUUUUAGAUAUCGAGCAUCGCGGACAAAUCACUGAGGAGGACCUAGAGAGGUACUAUUUUCAUGUGUUGGGUUGGAAAGCCGGUGCAGGCCACCAAGCAGCUUCCACUUUUCCGGAAGGCUUAAAGGUACUCACAGCUCCGCAGUUCGAAAGGUGGUGGAGCAGCACUAAAGAUCUGUAUCGACAGGACGCAUAUUUUAGCCACGGAUGGUGGCGGGAAGUGGAGUACUACCUCGCGGAUACCAUAUACUGGGUGGGUCUCGGGAUUUUGUCCUCCGCAGGGUUCGGCACGGGUAUUCACUCUGGACUUCUAUUUCUAUUUCCGCACAUUUACCUCACCUGUAGGGCUGUGUCAACGUGUAUGAAUACCAACUUUUGGAAUUAUCCCGUAAACCCAUUUUAUGGUCCCCGUGAGCGGGUAUUCAUGUGCCUUUCCCCUGCCAUAGAAGGCACCGAGGCAUUCUCCGUUUCCAUACUGGCAUCUGUGCUCAAGGUGCUUCCAGCCUGUAUAGCGUGGGGGUUCGGUACGGCUCUCGGUGAGAUGCCCCCUUAUCUCCUAAGCUACGCUGCAGCAAAACAGGGAAGAAAGCAACAUGAGCUCGAUCAGGCUUCAUCAUAUAAUAUACUAAACCGUAUGAAGGAGUGGACUCUGCGCAAUAUUCAGCGUUAUGGCUUCUUUGCGGUGCUUUUAUUAGCGGCGUGGCCGAACAUGGCAUUCGACCUGUGCGGCAUGGCCUGUGGGCAGUUCUUAAUGCCCUUUUGGUCAUUCUUCAUGGCCACUGUGAUUGGGAAAGCUUUGAUUAAAGUAACCCUUCAGUCAUUUUUCUUUGUCACGCUUUUUUCGGGCAAUAACGUGGAGAAUUUGAUUUUUUGGUUAGGCAACUCACUAACCUACAUGCUACCUGCAAGAUUCCGCGUGAAGGAUGUGGUAAAUAAAGCCGUUGUUGCCGUUGUCAAGGCUCGCGAAAGCAUUGCAAAUCGUGCCAAGGGCCACAUGACUUUGGAAGAUGAAGCAACCACCUCUCAGGAAGAAUCACCCAUCCUUAUGUUUUUUAACACAUUUGUUCUAUUGGCCGUGGCAUUAUUUGCAAAGUCCAUUAUCGAGUCCUUCGCGAUUACUGUACAGGAAAAGGAUGAUGAAAAGCUGCUAGCGACGGUCAGGGGGCAAUUGAAGGGGGAGCUUUCCGCCUUGGGAGCCUUAAACUUUACUGACGAAGAGCUGCGUCGCCUUCUGUAUGAUGUUAAGAGCGGAAGUUUUCCAACAGUUGUGAGUCUAAUCUCCAAAAUUCAAAAUCCUGAACUGAGGUGCUCUUCGACAUUUUGA